ACAAAGUUGAGAGUUAAAACACAGAUUUCCAACAAUUUCAUUUCAUUUAUUUAAAAUGUUUUAUUGAAAACCCCAGGACUCUUUACACAAACAAUCAAAAAAUGAAAUUAAUUUUAUUUAUAAUCAUUUCCUUGAUUGGAAUGGCAGUUGCCAAUUCUGUGUACGAUAAAAGUCUCUUUAGAUCUGUGGCAAAGAUUGGAAUCGAUGCCACGGGCAUGGAAUGUAGCAAUUGCUCGUCAAUAAGGAAAAAAAGCUGUUCCAUAAAAGACACUAAUUACCUAUGCUCAUUCUUUGAAGAUCGUUGGAAGGUUCUUUUACUGCCGGAUCCAGAGAAUUAUGCGAAUCAAACACGUCCAUAUGAGGCAUGUAUGCCGCCCUUUUAUACAGUGGUUGGUGUAUUGGAGUCAUUUUGUUGCUUCUGGUCACCCGAAACGGGUUGCAGACAAUUGAAGAAUUCACAAAACACUAAUGAAGACUGCUCCAUGUGUACUGAAACGGAGAAGGAUAUGUAUGGUGAUUCUGUACACAAAUAUUGUCCUUGCAAUGGAGAACUAUCAAAUUCUAGAGGCUCUCUAAUUAUUUGCUACCUACUAACAAUAUUAUGUAUUAUGGUUUCAAUUUAAAUGAAACCUAAAAUCUGCCCCUAUACACUGUACAUACUUACAUACAUAUAUUGAAAAAUAAUAAA